AAUGUAUUGAAAUCGCUGUCUGUUUCGUAGCUAUAUCACCAAAUUGAAAGAAAAUGAUUAUAUUCUUCGUCUUUCUGCUGUUUUUCGUAAGAGGUCACGCGAAAAUCGAAUACUCUUGUGGAACUGGAUAUAUUCAGCUGGCCUCCAUAUCAGAAAAAGGAAAGAUUGCAUCGCCCUUCUACCCUUCAGGAUAUCCCAAUAUGGUCAAUUGUGUUUGGCUUUUAGAGGCUCCAUCGAAACGUCAAAUAGAACUGGUUGUUGAGGAUUUACAGGGAGACACGACGACAGACAACUGUAGAGAUUAUUUAGAGAUUAGAAGGGGCAAUAGAUCGGCUGCUCUGCAUUAUAGAGGUUGUAAGUUAACGGAACCUCUAACUAUAAGGUCAGAAAAUCGAUGGCUAUGGGUAAAAUUUCAAUCGGAUGGGACUUCAGCUACAGGAAGAGGAUUUAUCGCUCGAUAUUCAAGUUUCUCCUCAUCUAAAACUGACGAAACCUCUCCGGUUAUACGUUGUACAUCAACAAAAUAUAAAUGCAGCAAUCAAGAAUGUAUAGUAAAUUCAUACUUGUGCGAUGGCGUCAACGAUUGCGGUUGUACUGGAGACUGCGAUGAGGAUAGCUGCGAAAAGGGAAAAUUGUCCACUACUGUACUUUUGGGAGUUGGUAUUGGCGUUGGUAGCGUCGUAUUCGUUGGUAUUUUUAUCGGAGUUGGCUUACUCGACCUCUUUUUGAAGUAUAGAGCUGAUAAGAUAAAUAAGAUGUUGGAAGAGAAAGCAAAGAAAAGAUCCAGGAGAAGAGCAACUAAGAAAGGAAGUGGUCUAUUCGCAGCUAGUAUAGCAGCAGGUCGAAGUUCGAAUGGUUCUAUGGCCAGUUUAAAAAGUUUAGGAGAAUCUCAAAGAAGUGAUAGACUUCGAAAGCUCAGCUUAGCCAACGAAAGUAUUGGAUUAGCUAAGGAGAAAACUUUAUUUAAUACCCUUUCUACGCCAGUUAAAGCUUGAAUUAACAAUACUCUAUCUGUGAAAAUUGUCAAAGAUAUUACCUCUCUCAAUACUCAUUAAAAAUUUUGUAGAUACAGUAUAUAUAAACUUUAUAUAUGUAAUAAUAUACAGUGUUCUGCGAACUCAGA